GGCUUCAUUUUAUUGUAUCCUUUCGGAGGGGGCGGGUUGUUGUUUUGUUGUCUGCUGCUCCAAGCCUGUGCGUGGUGGUGGCUGUCCUCUGUGUGUCUCUUUAUUUCCCCCCUCCCUCCCUUGUAAAUUAUUAUUAAGCAAAGCUGUAUAUUUUUUUAUUCGCAAUCCACCCAAGAAGAUGAACAAGCUGUACAUCGGCAACCUGGGCGAGAAUGUGAGCCCGCAGGACCUGGAAAGUCUCUUUAAAGAGUCCAAGAUCCCUUUCACCGGGCAGUUCCUGGUCAAGACGGGCUACGCGUUCGUGGACUGCCCCGACGAGAACUGGGCCAUGAAGGCCAUCGAGGCACUUUCAGGUAAAGUUGAACUGCAAGGUAAACUCAUAGAAGUUGAACAUUCAGUUCCCAAAAGACAAAGGAGUCGAAAACUUCAGAUCAGAAAUAUCCCGCCACACUUGCAGUGGGAGGUGCUGGACAGUUUACUAGCACAGUAUGGGACAGUAGAGAACUGUGAGCAAGUGAAUACUGACACAGAGACUGCCGUAGUAAAUGUAACAUAUGGCAAUAAGGACCAGGCCAGACAAGCAAUAGAAAAACUGAAUGGAUUCCAGCUGGAAAACUACUCGCUAAAAGUUGCAUAUAUUCCUGAUGAGACGGCAGCGCAACCUCCUCCUCAACAGCAUCCACAGGGCAGACGUGGGUUUGGGCAGAGAGGGCCCCCCAGGCAAGGCUCACCGGGUGCAGCUUCGAGGCAGAAGCCACAGUCUGAGGUUCCGCUACGGAUGCUGGUUCCCACCCAGUUUGUAGGAGCGAUUAUUGGAAAAGAAGGAGCUACCAUUAGAAACAUCACAAAGCAGACACAGUCAAAAAUUGAUAUUCAUCGUAAAGAAAAUGCAGGUGCUGCUGAAAAACCAAUUACAAUCCAUUCUACUCCAGAAGGAUGCUCAAGUGCUUGUAAAAUCAUCAUGGAGAUAAUGCAGAAGGAAGCGCAAGAUACCAAGUUUACAGAAGAAAUUCCCUUGAAGAUUCUAGCACAUAACAAUUUUGUUGGCCGGCUUAUUGGCAAGGAAGGGCGGAAUCUGAAGAAAAUUGAACAAGACACAGAUACUAAAAUCACAAUAUCUCCAUUGCAGGACUUGACGCUCUAUAAUCCAGAACGGACCAUUACGGUUAAAGGCAGUAUUGAAACAUGUGCUAAGGCUGAAGAAGAAAUAAUGAAGAAAAUCAGGGAAUCAUAUGAAAAUGAUAUUGCUGCUAUGAAUCUUCAAGCACAUUUAAUUCCAGGAUUAAAUCUAAAUGCCUUGGGUCUAUUCCCACCUUCUUCUUCAGGGAUACCACCUCCCUCAGUGGGAGUUGCUUCAGCUGCUUCAGCCUCUUCGUAUCCUCCAUUUGGGCAACAGCCAGAGUCUGAGACGGUUCAUCUGUUCAUCCCAGCCUUAGCAGUGGGAGCCAUUAUCGGCAAGCAAGGGCAGCACAUCAAACAACUCUCUCGUUUUGCAGGCGCUUCCAUUAAGAUUGCACCUGCUGAAGGACCAGAAGCCAAGCUGAGAAUGGUGAUAAUCACUGGACCACCAGAGGCACAGUUCAAGGCUCAAGGAAGAAUUUAUGGUAAACUUAAGGAGGAAAACUUCUUUGGACCUAAAGAAGAAGUGAAACUUGAAGCUCAUAUAAAAGUGCCAUCCUAUGCUGCUGGAAGAGUUAUUGGUAAAGGAGGCAAAACGGUCAAUGAGCUACAGAAUUUGACAAGUGCAGAAGUUGUUGUUCCUCGUGACCAGACACCGGAUGAAAAUGAUCAGGUUGUUGUGAAAAUUACUGGCCACUUCUAUGCAUGCCAGCUUGCUCAGAGAAAAAUUCAGGAAAUAUUGGCUCAGGUAAGAAGGCAGCAGCAACAGCAAAAGACGGCACAGAGUGGACAGCCUCAGCAGAGACGGAAAUAAAAGGUUUAGGAAAAGACCCUUCGGAGACAGAUGCCAGACCAAAGAGAGAGACUGUAAUGGGCAGGUUCUGGGCACCUGUUGGAGUGAUAUGCAGACGUUUCACCAUGCCAGUCAUUUGUUUGAGGACCAGGCCACCGUUGGCAUGCUGUCUCUGAGAAUGUAUUCUUUAGGCUCUCUUACUUUUGAAACCCAGCUUUAAAAUAAGGACCCCUUCACUUCCCUUUUGUUCUAUUCUCACAGUUUAACAUAAACUUUGUUAGUCUUCUUUUAUUGCUCUUACCUAUCCCCCAGCAAUUUUAGAACUUGGUUUAAUGAAGCUUUCUCUUUUGCAUUCACUGAUUUAAAAAAAAGAAAGAAAAGGCAUUGCUCUUCUAGUCCACUUAUAAACAUAGAAGAAGGAAAAAAAAACAUUUGAAGGGUGGGAUUAUCAGUUAGGGUUUGGGAUUUAGAAAAAGGGCAUUGACAAAGAGGUGAAGUGUUACUCCCGGUGUUAACCAAGUGGCAUUUCUUUUUAAGCAUUUGGUUGCAUUUUUACCUAACACUGCCAUGUAUAAACUAAGGGAAGUGUUUCAUGGUGUUGGCCAGGGCAUGAAAAGAUAAAUAUGCAUUUUACUAAACUACCUCAGGCAUUUAAUACCUCAAUUAAGAAAUUGUUCCUUUUUUUUGCUUUCUUUUGGUAUUUUGUAUACUUUAUAAAGCUAAUAGUUCUUGAGCAUUUUAUUUUUUUAAAAAAAGUAAAAUUUGAUCAGCCAGCAGCCAGGAGCACUACAGAAUUUAUUGAGGUGGGAGAAAUAUAGGUUGCUUCUAGCUGCUGACUGACAGGAGUGAGAUGGAAAAAUAGUCUUGGAAUAAUAUCUGAGGGUGUCAACACAAUCAUUUGUUUGUGGGGAGGGAAAAUCAGUGAAUGUUCAAACGAUACCUGAACAACAAAUGCCAACAUUUUGAUAGCAGCAAUGCCAUUAUUAUUAUUAUUUCUUUUAGGAUGGGAUGGAAAAAAGUUUGUGAUGGUACUUUGUUGGGAACAGAACAAGGAAGUGAUGGCAAGAGGCUGGGACUUGGGGGGUAAAUUUUUUAGAAAGUCUUUGGGAGACUGGACUUUUUUUGUGUUUUCCUUGUACUACUUGAUUGAUUGAAUGCAUGAACCCUUUGUGCCUUUGACCAUCACUACCUACCUACUAAUGCGACACUUAAACCAUUUGCAGCCCAUUUGUACUUUGCCGUUCUGUUUUCAAAGAGCAAGCUUCAUCUUCAGUUUGGUAGGAUGCCGGAUCUGCUAAAGCAGUUCGGAGGCAUUGGGUUCCCAGCUCUCCAGCAGAUUGCUUCGAUAUUGUUUUCGGUUAACGUGAAUAUUAGGCAGGGGAGGAGAGAUCAGACAUGGUUUGAUCCCAUUUAAAGGUAAUGAAAGGCUAAGUUUACAUAUCCAGCCGCGAUUAAGGGCCACACUAAGCCACUUCAAAGGUGUUUUUUUUAAUAAAAAAAUAUGAAAAAUGAAUUAAUACAACCUCAGGCUUGGCUUACAAAAUAAGAUACAGCAGGAUUUAUGCACAUUCUGCAACCCACCACAAAAGGAAAAGGAGGAAGGAAACUUAUCAAAAAAAGGCAGGGAUCACAGGAAAAUUACCAAAUUUAUUAUUAUUUUGAUUUCAGAAUGUGAUUUGAAUCAUGAUUGUGGUAAUGUGCAUUCAAGUUUCUACAAUAAACUUCAGUCUACCUCAGUUUUAACAGAUGUGGCAACACGUGGUGCAUAAAGACUGCUGUGCGUGUGCGCGCCCGCCCGUGUGCACAAAGCCAUGCUAUUAUUACCUCGGACCCUUUUGUUUGUGAUGUUUCUGUGCAUGAGAAGAUUGGAACUGCUACGCUGCACUGAUGUUGAGGGGCACAACUAGCAAAAACAAAAAAAAGCUUGUUUCACCAUUUUGUUGAUCUACCUCUUAGAUUGAUAUGAAAAUAGAGGCAUUUCUACAUAGAAUAGAUCAUUUCCCCAAAGAUCAUUGUUUGUACAGGUUAGAUAAAUUUUGAAAAGAAAAAUGGUCUGGUGUUUUGUUUUUUUAAUUUACUGCAUCUUUACUAAUUGGUUUGAAAACCACAAAUUUAUGUUUUAGUUUAGCAGAAAGAAAAAUGGAAGCCUUUCCCCCUCUAUUUGGACAAAUACUUUGCCUAAUCAUUAGAUUUUUUUUUCUUACGAUUACUGAAGUAUGAGACAGUCAUAGCGUGAAUUUUUGUCAAGAGUCCAAUAUCCUUUUUGUUAAUAUUGGGGGGAAAGAUUGAGUUGCUUUCCAUAACAGUUUUAUUUUACAAAAUUUAGUACUGCAUUUACAUUUGCUGAUUUAAAUAUUGUCAUUUUUUCUUAAAUUUGUAGACUUUAGUGUGGUAAAAAAAAAAUCAUGUCUUUUACUUUCAGUUGAAACUUGGUAAUUUGGAGUACUUGGAAAUAGCUCGGAUGUGAUUCUGUAAAUGAUUUCAGUUUCCACAAAAGUGUUGUUCAUUUCUCCUCUGUAAUGUGCCCCCAAUGCAGCUUCACUUGCCAGAUGCCUCUGAAUGAAAUAAAGAGUUUAACUCCUAUUGUCAGAA